AUGUCUGAGAGACCCCCUUGCCACACCGACUGUCUGGAGGCGCCCCUCUCCUGCGUCUUCCGAAGGCUGGGAUGCGAAGUGGGCGCGCACCCCUGGAUCUUCCUGCUGGUGCCCAUGGUGCUGAUGGCCGCUCUGGGCACCGGUUUGAUUUACCUGCCCAAGGAUGUAGAAGAAAACUUCGAGGAGCAGUACACCCCAAUAGGGAGCCCGGCCAAGGCUGAGAGGCGUUUUGUGCAGAAACACUUCACCGCCAACGACUCUUAUGGCUUCUCCAUCUCCAGGAAGAGCACCGAGGUCAAUUUCGCUUGUAUUCUAGCGGUCUCCAACACCACCUCCCUGCUAGAACCAGCAAUCUUAUCAGAAGACAGUAAAGUGGAUGACGUGAUCCAGGAUCUGUAUGCGAUGGGGGAAAACGGAACCCAGAUCCACUACAAUCAGGUGUGUGCCAAGCACCAGGGUCUCUGCCUGCCUUCCAACCCACUCCUGUAUGCCUGGCGGAUGAACAGGGACCUCGACCUGAGAAAUGUCACUUUCCCAAUCUACAACCACACCGGUCAGCCCGCCUACCUGGCUGGCACCAUUGGAGGAACCUUCUUAGGCGAGAGGAUGGGAAUGAACCAGUUACUCCUGGAAGCCAAAGCCGUGAGGCUGCUCUACUACCUGAAAACUGAGGAUGGAGAGGACAACGAGCGUAGUAAGAAAUGGUUGACCCGUUUUCUGAACCAAUCUAGCAACAUUGAAAAGAGUCUGGCCUCGAAGACGAUCCAGGUGGUCUACUUUACAUCAAUUUCUACACCGGAACUUGAAGCAACUUUGAUGACAGUGAUCCGUUUGUUUCACUUGGCAUACCUUCUAAUCAUAUUAUUUGCAAUCCUAUCAUGCUACAGGUGUGACUGUGUACGAAACAAAAUGUGGGCUGCAACCUUUGGAGUGAUUUCUGCUGCCUUGGCAGUGGUGAGCGGCUUUGGCCUGAUGUUGUACAUUGGGGUGCCGUUUGUGAUCAUAGUUGCAAAUUCACCAUUUCUUAUUCUAGGUGUUGGGGUUGAUGGUAUGUUUAUAAUGAUUUCUGCCUGGUAGAAGACCAGCCUCAUGGAUAAUAUCAAACAGCGGCUGUCCAGUGUCUAUUCCAAAGUGGCAGUGUCCAUUACAAUCACCACUAUCGCCAACGUCCUGGCCUUCUAUACAGGGAUGAUGACCUCUUUCAGGUCCGUACAAUACUUUUGCAUUUAUACUGGAACAACCCUGUUCUUUUGUUAUUUUUAUAACAUCACCUGUUUUGGAGCGUUUAUGGCCCUGGAUGGUAAAAGAGAAGUAGUCUGUCUACGCUGGUUGAAAAAGCCAGAAACUCCUGACCAAAAGUGUUCCUCAUUUAAAAAGUCCUGCUGUGUCCCAUGUGAUUCUCUCCCAGAUGAACAAGAAACUGAUGUCCAUCCAAUGAAUUUGUUCUUCAGAGACUAUUUGGGCCCUUUUCUCACAAGCACUGAGUCCAAGUUUUUUGUAGUGCUUCUAUACAUUUUGUACAUCAUUAGUAGUAUAUAUGGGUGUUUCCAAGUGCAGGAAGAUGAUGUUAUUCCAGUUACGAAGCAUAGCCAAAAAGUGUGAAAUUCCCCUAAUGGUGUACAACCCGGCAUUCAUAUAUUUUGAUCAGUACACUGCAAUAUUAGAAAACACUGUUCGAAAUGUCAUUGUUGCAUCCUCAACAUGAACAUAGGUUCAUUGUUUCCUUAUUGCUAAUUCCUCACCCACUAUGUUCCUUGUGGGUAACUUUUGCUAUUGCUUCUGUGAUUGUGGGAGUAACAGGGUUCAUGGCAUUCUGGAAUGUCAAUCUUGAUUCCAUAUCCAUGAUUAAUCUUGUCAUUUGUAUAGGGUUUUCUUUCGAUUUUUCUGCACACAUUUCUUAAACAUUUGUUUCCAGUUCUAAGCCCUCAGUAAACCAAAAAAUAAUUGAGGCAUUGUAUCUGCUAGGCUACCCAGUGUUACAAAGUGCAGUUUCAACAGUAAUAGGGGUGUGUGUUUUAUCUGCAGCUAAAGCAUACAUCUUCAGGACAUUUUUUUAAGAUUAUGUUUCUUGUUAUGGUAUUUGGGGCUGCUCAUGGCCUAAUUUUUAUUCCAGUAUUCUUAACCUUUUUUUGAAGGUUUGUUUGAAUAUCCACUAACAAAUCAAAGACCAAUUAUAGAAUUCCUGCUUGCCACAAUCCAAUCUGGUAAAAACACACUAUUUGAAAUAGUCAAUAAACUAAAAACAAAGGCA